AUGGCGACGCAUCUGUGUGAACAUUAUGAUGUUGGUUUAAUUUUGGAGAUUUCGCAAGAAUGCUGGGAUGGUGAACCUACGGAAAAUCCUCAAUUAUCAAAUGGGCAAGAACUUAAUGAGGUUCCUUUAAGUACCAAUAUUUCAGAAUUACAAGGAGAAUUGUCUCAACUUAUUCAAAAUUUUAAUAAAAUGAAUACAAUAAAAUUAAUAAUAUAG